AUGCGCUUCGGCAAAAUCUUGAAGAGCUCCAUCUAUGCGCCAUGGAAGGAGCAUUAUAUCGAUUAUUCCACCCUUAAGAAGCUCCUGCGAGAGCAUGAGCCCAAAGCCGACGGGGACGGGGCGCAGUGGACGGAGGACGAUGAGGAAAAUUUCGUGCAGGAGUUGGUGAACGUCCAACUUGAUAAGGUCAAUUCGUUCCAGGUGGAGACAUACAAGCAGCUUCGGGACCGGAUUUCGGCUUGCGAAACUAAACUAGAGCCCUUGACUCUGGACACGAGCGUCAGCCAUCUGCAAGAAAAUGAGAGGAAAGCUAUCGCGCAGGAAGCUCUAAAUGAGCUGGACAAGGUGACCAAGGAGCUAAGUGAACUUGAGAAGUUCAGUCGCAUCAACUUCACUGGCUUCUUGAAAGCGGCAAAGAAGCAUGAUCGUCGCAGAGGUACCCGGUACAGAGUAAGGCCGUUACUUCAAGUGCGCCUAUCCCAACUACCUUUCAACUCUGAGGACUACUCUCCGCUCCUAUAUCGCCUCUCCGUUAUGUAUUCGUUCGUUCGCCAAAUUCUGGACUUCGGUUCCGAGGUCGUGAAGGAAGUCCCCACUGUGGAUGUCCACAUUGGCCACGAUGCUUACAUCUCCCAUAAGUUCUGGGUUCAUGUGGAUAACAUCAUGGAAGUAAAAACGUAUAUCCUUCGUCGUUUACCUGUGCUUCUCUAUAAUCCAAAUGCCUCAAAGGACCUGGACCUGGGACAAUACGAUCCUAGUAUCACCUCCUUAUAUUUCGACAGCCCAUCGUUCGAUCUGUAUAGUCAGAAAAUCGAAAGAUCAUCGGGUGCAGGCUCCCUACGACUCCGUUGGACCGGGAAGCUAAGGGAUAAGCCUGAAAUCUAUCUCGAAAAGAAGGUAAUGGGAGAACGCGGCAACAGCCGCGAAGUCAGAAUCAGCUUGAAGGCAAAGCACAUCCAGUCCUUCCUAGAAGGAAAUUAUAAGAUGGAAAAAAUAAUUGAAAGAAUGCAGCGACGUGGACACGUGGACCAGAGCCGUAUAGAUGCCCUGAAGAGCGAUAUUGAAGAGAUCCAGAGCUUCAUUCGAGAGAAUGAGCUUCAACCUAUGAUCAGAGCCAACUACACUCGGACAGCUUUUCAGAUCCCAGGCGAUGACCGUAUCAGGGUUUCCUUAGAUACGGAUGUUGCCUUAAUUAAAGAAGAUUCAUUGGAUUCAGAGAAUCCAUGCCGCGAUCCAAAAGACUGGCAUCGCCAUGAUAUUGACGAUGGUGACAUGGAAUUUCCUUUCACUGGCAUUAACCCGGCAGAAAUUGCUCGCUUCCCACAUGCCCUAUUGGAAAUCAAAGUGAGGGGUGAUAGCCAGCGCAGAGCUAGUAGAGAAUGGCUUGCUGACCUUAUGUCCUCCCAUCUGGUAAAAGAAGCUCCACGGUUCUCAAAAUUCGUGCAUGGAACAGCUCAGCUUUUUGAGGAUCAAAUUAACAGCUUCCCUUUCUGGCUUAGCGACCUUGAUAUCGAUAUUCGCAGAGACCCCGAGACAGCAUUUCAGGAGGAACAGGAAAAGAUUGCCAGACGUGCUGAAGACCAAAUUGCUGUAGGCAGCUUCUUAGGGAACAAGACUCCGGUAAUCCAGCCCCUUGUAGGAUCACCUAUUGGCAGGAUUCUGUCUGAAGAAUCUGCCGAGCGUGCAAGACCUCGUUCUCUGCAAGUUGUGGCGCCCAAACCCAUUCCUGAUCAUAUCCCAGAAGAGAUCGACAAUGUGCAAGAACAGCCGCAGGAGCAAGAUGAACGCCCCUGGUCCAACGGUCUUCGUUUCAACCUCCCGCGGCUCUCCAUGUCUCGUUAUGCUCGCGCCCAUAGACAGCCUCUCCCCCCUGGCGUGUAUGCUCCUGAUACAUGGAUCAAAGACUCCGGGCCAGUCCGUGUCGAAGCCAAAGUAUGGCUAGCCAACCAACGAACCUUUAUUAAGUGGCAGCACAUCUCUGUCCUUCUCGCCGCAGUAUCACUUGGUUUGUAUAACGCCGCGGGCCCCAAGAACCCUAUCGCCCGCACGCUAGCAAUUGUGUAUACGUGUUUUGCUCUUUUUGCAGGCGCAUGGGGCUGGUGGAUAUAUAUGUGGCGAGCGAAGUUGAUUAGGCAGCGGAGUGGGCGGAAUCUCGACAACGUCGCGGGGCCGUUGGUGGUGUGCUUGGGGAUGGCCGUUGCCCUGGUGUUGAAUUUCUGGUUAAAGUAUGCGACUGUCUGGAACGCGAAACACCCCCAUCCACCCCCGUCGACUUCCACCUCUAUCGCUGCGAUGAAUUCGUCCAGUGUUGCGGAUUCAGCACGCGAAGCCGUUUUUCAAUUUGUCAACCAAGUUGGGUCGUCUUGA